AGGAGGGGUUGAGGAAGGGCGCAGUCGCGGUCUGGUCGUCGUCCAGACCAGCCCGGAGCGACAGCCGAUCGCACACCUUCCCGCAGCUUCUCCCUCGGGUUCGCGGCCGCUGCACCUAGGGGUUCCUGUGAUUUCGGCUUGACCACAGGUGGACUAUUAUGGCAUCUAUCUGGGUUGGACCCCGAGGAACCAUAAGAGAUUAUCCAGGCUUUAGCCCAGCAGUGGAUGCUGAAGCUAUCCGGAAAGCAAUCAAAGGAAUCGGAACUGACGAGAAAACCCUCAUCAGCAUCCUGACAGAGCGGUCGAAUGCACAGCGGCAGCUGAUUGCCAAGGAGUAUCAAGCGACGUAUGAGCAGGAGCUGAAAGAUGACUUGAAGGGUGACCUCUCUGGCCACUUCGAGCACGUCAUGGUGGCUCUUGUGACUGCACCAGCCCUGUUCGAUGCAAAGCAACUGAAGAAAUCCAUGAAGGGCACUGGGACCGAUGAAGAUGCCUUGAUUGAAAUCUUAACCACCAGGACAAGCAGGCAGAUGAAGGAGAUCACGCAGGCCUACUAUACAGUGUAUAAGAGGAGUCUCGGAGAUGACAUUAGUUCUGAAACAUCUGGUGACUUCCGGAAAGCUCUGCUGACUCUGGCAGAUGGUAGAAGAGAUGAAAGUCUGAAAGUGGAUGAACAUCUGGCCAAAAAAGAUGCCCAGAUCCUCUAUAAUGCCGGUGAGAACAAAUGGGGCACGGAUGAAGACAAAUUCACCGAGAUCCUGUGUCUACGGAGCUUCCCUCAGCUGAAACUAACAUUUGAUGAGUACAGAAAUAUUAGCCAGAAGGACAUCGAGGACAGCAUUAAAGGAGAAUUAUCUGGGCAUUUUGAAGAUCUGCUGCUGGCCAUAGUACAUUGUACGAGGAACACCCCGGCCUUCUUAGCGGAAAGACUUCAUCAGGCUUUGAAGGGUGCUGGAACGGAUGAGUUCACUCUAAACAGAAUAAUGGUUUCCAGAUCCGAGACCGACCUUCUGGACAUCCGACAGGAGUUCAAGAAGCAUUAUGGCUACUCUCUCUACUCAGCCAUUCAGUCAGAUACUUCUGGAGACUACAGAGCCGUACUCCUGAAGAUCUGUGGAGGAGACGACUGAAGAAGACGGUCUCCGAAGGCUACUGCCAUGACCGUGGGCCUCCACAAUGGCAAAGGCUCUGCCUACUACUUUUCUGCAACAUUCCAGAGUGCAAGCAAAAGCAGGACUGCAGUCUGUCUGCCUGAUAGGAAUCAUCACCAUUGCAAGAGCAAAAGCAAACAGGAUUUUAUGUUAGAGCACCUCAUUCAUAAUGUAGAGGGAAAUUCAGCUUACAUUUAAAGACCUACUAAUGAUUUUCUAUUUUGCUUAGGAGGUUGGCAUCGCUGUAGUCUGAAGUCAUUAAACAUAAAUCAGGAUUCUAAAAAUGGUUGCCUUUGUUAAAUAUAAUUUGUGCAUUUGCUUUCAGCAUCUAUCAAUACUGUGUGUUGCUUGGUGCCAACAAAUAUCUAAAGAUAUGCUUGUUGUAAAUGCUGCUGCUCCUUCUAUUUAUCACUUUAUCAGUGUGUUCUAAAACAUAAUAAUGGAAUGGCAUGGUGGUGCAUACCUACAAUCCCAUCACUUAGGAGGUGGAGGCAGGGGGAUGAAUAGUUUGGGAUCAUCUUUGUGAAGUUGCAGGAGAUAUAAAGAAGUCCAUUAACAGCUUAGUGUGGUUGAGGCUCAGGGCUUAGGGGAAGAGAAUGGUAUCCUGUGGAUUUUUGUCAGGGAAACAAAGUAAUAAUAUUGGACUGGCUGUUGUCAGGAAAAACAGGAUUGCUGGCAGAUACUUCCAGCAUUCCUUGGGAAUCUGUGAAGUGGAUUACUGUCUGCUAGCAAGAGCUACCACCCCAUCUCCCCUUUCUCUGAUGGUUGAGGCAUCUGGCUCCAAGUACUACAGUGCAUGCUCAGUGCCAGUGCUAAUCUACGGGCUGCUUAGUUCUUACCAAACUGCUCCAGUUCACAGAAUCCCCUCCUCUACCCUGCAGCUACUGCUUUUCUGUAGGACCCAUGAGGUUUUCCUACUCCCAUUCUUCUCUCUGCUCCAGAGAGGUAGCUCUGGCGUUUGACAGUCUGCCCCUCUCCUCUCUGCUCCAGAAACAUUGUCGUGGCUGUUUCAGAAUUUCCCAAAGGCCUCUGACUAUUCUCUAUCUUACAUCUACAGUAAAAUCCUUCCUCCUACCCAUGCAUCGGUCGGUUUUGUCAGCUUCUCUGUGUCUUCACUUAGACCUCCAGGUCUCAGCACCUGAUGUAAGAGAGGGCACAGUAAAGAAAUGACUGAAAUAGCUACUUUGUGAAUGGCAAGAAGGUUUUUAUUAUAAAUAAGAGAGAGAAAACAGCCAGAAGCAUUUGUAUGGUCAAGAAUUGAGAGAAAAAGAAGCAGACAGCCAUGGUCAGGGCUAGAGAAAUGGGCAUGAAAAAAUCAUGUAUAAGGAACACAGGUAGCCAAGGGGAGUGAACCCUGUGAGCCGCAGCAACCUGGGUGUUUAGGGUAGAGGGGGAGGUGAGAAGAGACAGGAUGUGGGCUUUGAAAUGCAUAAGAGGUACAUGUACCUGAAUAAGGACCCAGGGACCUGGAGGUAGCAUGGGCUUUGAUGUAUAACCACAGGUACAUGCCAAGGAAAGUGGCCCUUUCUAGCAGGUCUCUGAGGAAUACUUGGAUCCUAUAUCCACAAGAUUGUUUUAUACUGAAGCAAAAUAUUUAAAAAGGUAUUCACAGGGAUGGAGAGAUGGACUAUCAGUUAAGUGUCCUCUUGCUCUUCCAGUGUACCUGAAUACAGUUCCCGGCACCCAUGUAAGGCAGCUCACCACCACCUGUAACCCCAGUUCCAGAAGGUUACAGACGGAUUUACCUUCCAAGAGCACUUGAAUUUAUGUGAAUAUUGCCCCACACAUACACAUAAUUAAAAAUAGUAAAAAUAGAUCUUGAAGAUUUUUUUUUUUAAAAAAAAGGUAUUCCAUAGAACAUAACCCUCAAUAAUUGUAUUUUAAGUCAUGGUCGGUGGUUCAUGCCUGUACUUACAGCUACUAAAUUUAACUAAUAUUCUUUUAAUUAAAUUUAUUUCAUAUAAUAUAUUUUAA